GAGGAAGAGGAAGAGGAAGAGGAAGAAAAGGAAGAAUCUGUUAAAUCUGUUAAAGAGGAAACAAACAGAAAGAUGCAGUGCGACGACGUGAUCUGGGAUCUGAUCGGGAACAAACAGUUCUGCUCCUAUAAAGUCAAGACGAAGAGUCAGAACUUCUGUCGUAAUGAAUAUAACAUCACAGGUUUAUGUAACCGUUCAUCAUGUCCGCUCGCCAACAGCCAGUACGCCACUAUCAGAGAGGAGAAAGGUCAGUGCUUCCUGUACAUGAAGGUGAUAGAGCGAGCAGCGUUUCCUGCUAAGAUGUGGGAGAAGGUGAAGCUCAGUAAGAACUACGAGAAAGCUCUGGAGCAGAUCGACGAGGCUCUGAUCUACUGGCCUCGCUUCAUCAGACACAAGUGCAAACAGAGAUUCACCAAGAUCACCCAGUACCUCAUACGCAUGCGCAAGCUAGUGCUGAAGAGACAGAGGAAGCUGGUUCCUCUCAGCAGGAAGGUGGAGAAGAGAGAGAAGAGGAAGGAGGAGAAAGCUCUGAUCGCUGCUCAGCUGGAUAACGCCAUCGAGAAGGAACUGCUGGAGAGACUGAAACAGGGAACGUACGGAGACAUCUAUAACUUCCCGGUCCACGCCUUCGAUCGAGCUCUGGAGAAACAGGACGAAGACGAGAGCGAGGAGGAGUCCGAGGGCGAAGAGGAGGAAGAGGAGGAGGAAGAUGACGAGGACGUCGGGAAGAGAGAGUUUGUAGCAGAAGACGAAGUAGACGAGAGCGACCUGGACGACUUCGAGGAAAUGAACAAACUGAGGACGAGCAGCGACGAGGAAGAGGAGGAUGAAGAGGAGGAGUCCAGUGAGGAUGAGGAGGAGAUGGAGGUGGAGACGAAGGCCUCCAGGUCUAAAGGCAAAUCUCCCGCCAACGGCUCGGCGGCGAGGAAGAAGCGAGCGUACGUUGAGAUCGAGUACGAGCAGGAGACGGAGCCCGCCUCCAAGAGCAGGGCGGCGACGUCGUGAUGUCACAGCCCGCGCCGGCCA